AUGGGUGAUCCCCGUCCAAGAUCCAUACAGGACUUUCUUGAUGAUUUUGACCAAAUUUGCCUAGCAUUUUGGCAGAAACUGGAAGGCAGAAAGAGCCUGCACGAAUAUGGUGCUUCUGUUACGCAGCACUCACCCCUCCUGCCCACACACUCACCUGCUAUGGAGCUGCAGGGGUAUCCCCAACUCAAAUUAUCUGCUGGUGAAUCUCUUGAUGGUACCAAGCGGGAACCCCCCGACUAA